UCAGCUCGCAUCCCGCCCAUAUUUAAGCCAAUUAAACGACGCCGUCUUGGACAUAAACCUCGCGAUUUAUAGGCUAAAAAAAACUAUUGGCGAAACCAAAAUGGAUACCGAGAGCAUUGGAAUCGGAUCAGACGUUAUCUCGUAGUCGACAUGGACACACGUUUGCUGGUCGCUCUACUGCUCAUCGGAGGCUCCUGGGCAGAGGAUGGUGAUGCAGAGCAACGGCCAGAUCCACUGCCAGUCAAGCGCGGUCGCUAUAUUCCCGAGUUGCAUGGAGCCACGGCUGGCUGGUAUGUUCCCGAUAAUAGUGGCAAGUAUCGCCAUGAACCACGGCCCUAUGAUGGCGGCUAUGGGGAUCGCGGUGAGCCGUACUCCGCCGAUCUGCGCGGCAUCUUCCGGAAUGUCCAGGAUCAACUCGAGGCCCGGGUGCAGGAAGCCGGUGGCGAUAGCCUUUCACUGGGUCCACGGGAUCAUCUCCGCUUCAUGAUCGACUUCAAUUUCAAUGGCACUGGCUGGCAGAUUAUCCAGUUCCAGUGGCUACGGGAUGGCGACGAAUCCCAUCCGGACACGAAGCGUUAUAGCUAUGUGAAUGAGAAUAAGCUGUGGGGUGAGGAGUCUGAAUCGGAUCAGGGAAAUCAGGCCUACGAGUACCACGAGCCGGGAGAGGAAUGUGAGGCCAGCUGUCAGCCGGAGAGUGAAGCAGCUGAAGGAGGGAGCCAGCCGGAGUCACCUGUCCAGGCUGUUGAGGAGCCAGUUCAGGAGGCGGGAGAGGCGCAGAAAACCAAUAUCUACUCUGAGAGGGAUCCUGCCAAAAUUCAUAACACCAUAAACGAGGUCCUGGAGUACAUACAACAGCACAUCCUGCCUAAGCUGAGCUAAAACUAUAGCUUUUAGAUAUAGAAAAAUAUCUAUGAAAAUUGUGUAGAUAGAAAAUAAAGUAAACUGUAAUUUGUGGAAUUAAUUUAGGACAAUUACGUUUGCGAGACAACAAUUUUAUCGAUUAUUACCCAAUAAAAAAUUGAUUAAUAUCUUG